AUGGCAGUCAAUGCUCCCACUGCACCCAAUGCUCCUGUCUUCUUGGACAGUGCCAUUUUCGAGCGGCUGGAGCACUUCAAGGAUGUGGGUGUCCCCGCAACAUUGCAGGACCUCAUUGGGCGUGCAACAAUCGCAGACGGUACUUGCCGCGCCGUGGUAUCACCGGGUUCUGGUCCUUUUGGACUGGAUGGCUACGAUUACUGGCAUCACAACCCCGAACGAGUCGAUGCCGUCCUGAAGGCACUUGCCCAAUUGCCCUCCACAUCGCAGCCCUCAAAGUUUGUGAGGACGGCCAAGAAGGAGUUGCCAACUGCCUGUUUCUUCGGCAACCGGACGGAGACCAACUCGCUCGACCUGUACAAGCCAGAUGCAGUCGCCAAAGCCCUCUUCAAUUGGCACCGGGCAAUUUGCGACCUUGAGUGGGAUGAUCCUGCAGAGGAGCCUCAGCAACAGGCCCUCACCACCGGUUUCAUCUGCAUGGCUACUUGUGACACCGCCAAGAUGAAGCUCACAGCUGCAGCUAUGAGUGCUUUCUCGGCCAGCAUGGCAGCAGCGCAGAUGGCAGCCAUGCAGAUCAGUAGCCGUUUUUUUUAA